AUGCCGCUCGGUGACAGCACGAAGGACGUUUUGGCCGGCACGGCUGGUGGUAUUGCGCAAGUGCUAGUCGGCCAGCCUUUCGAUAUUGUGAAGGUUCGCGUUCAAACGGCGCCGCCGGGCACAUACAAAGGUGUGGUGGACUGUGUCACCCACAUUUUGCAGGGUGAGGGCCCUAUGGCGUUUUACAAGGGCACGCUCAUGCCUUUGAUCGGUGUAGGUGCCUGUGUGUCGAUUCAGUUUGGUGUGGUGCAGUACUUUAAGCGUAUGUUUGCCUACCAAAACGAGCGUGCGAACCCUGCGAUCAAGGAGCUCACCGGUCCCCAGCUGUACACAGCCGGUGUAAUGGGUGGGGUAGCGAACAGUGUGCUGGCAGGUCCUAUCGAACAGGUUCGUAUUCGCCUCCAAACCCAGAAGGGCAAUGCGAUUCGUGGUCCGUUUGAUUGCUUGAAGCAAAUCAUCUCCCACUCCGGCGUUUCGGGCGUGUUCCGCGGGAUGGGUCCUACGGUCCUUCGUGAAGGUCAUGGUAUGGGUAUCUACUUCUUGACGUACGAGUAUCUCGUGCAGAAGAAGCUGGACGCCGACAAUCUGACGCGUGAGCAACUGCCUGCUUUCACUUCGAUGCUGGCAGGCGGUGCAGCUGGCAUUGUGCUGUGGCUUAUGAUUUACCCCGUUGAUGUGGUCAAGUCGUACAUGCAGACCGACGCGAUGGACCCUCGCCAACGCCGCUUCCGUAACUCGUUUGAUGUGGUCCGUCAUGUACUCUCGCACAGCGGUCCUCGCGGUUUCAUCAAGGGCCUUGAGCCGACGCUGAUCAGGGCGCCGUUCGCAAAUGCAGCCACCUUCGUCGCUUUCGAGACUGCUAUGCGCUAUCUCUCCAAGAUGUGA